GGGUGCCGAGCGGUCUGUGUUCGCUUCCUGGAGCGAGCUCCAGCGCUCCGGUUCAUUCACAGCUCCAGUUCAGGCGGCUUGCGCCUGUAAUGUGCAGAGGGCAGGCAGGUAUGGAAGUUGUGAAGGCCAUUCGGAACUCGUCAAAUUAGGAGCCCCGUGCGCGCGAGGGGAGCGCCGUUAGAGAAGCUGCCGACUUCCGAACAGCGGUGCCGCAAGUUUUCCUCCUUGCGAUACAGCCUGUCGCAACUAGAGGUUUUCUUUCACCCUGCUCCGCCAAGUUCCACGCUCUGUGAGAGGACGGUUCCGCUCUGUAGUCGUUAAAGAAGACGUAAGGAAUUAGAAACUGUGUGAAGAAACGAGUUCCCACUGCAGCAGUUGAGUCUAAGGAAACCUUUAAUUUGUGCUGAAAAAAACCCCCAAACCCGGUAACUUCUUGGAUUACUUUUCUGCGUCGGUCGAGAAGAUAACUUCAGGAAAAUGGAAACAGAUGAGGCUCAAGAUAUGUCCCAGGUUUCAGGAAAGGAAAGUCCUUCAAUUAGUGAUGUCCCAGAUGAUGCAGACGAGCCUAUGCCUGUACCAGAGGACCUUUCAACUAGCACUGGAGGACAGCAAAGUGCUAAGAAUGAAAGAAUCUUGGCUGCAUAUGGGGCAGAAGGCUUUAGGGACUUUCAGGCAAUAAUUCCCAAAUCUUUUUCCCCUGGUAAUAUUAAAAUAGAGACUCAGAGUGAUGAAGAGAAUGGGCGUGCCUGUGAAAUGAAUGGGGAAGAAUGUGCAGAGGAUUUACGAAUGCUUGAUACCUCGGGAGAGAAAAUGAAUGGCUCACACAAUGGCCCAGGCAGCAAGGCUAUGUCAGGAGUUGGAGGCAUUCGACUUCCUAACGGAAAGCUAAAAUGUGAUAUCUGUGGGAUAAUUUGCAUCGGUCCCAAUGUGCUCAUGGUUCACAAACGAAGCCACACUGGAGAACGUCCUUUCCAGUGCAACCAGUGCGGAGCCUCCUUCACACAGAAGGGCAACCUUCUGCGCCACAUCAAGUUGCACUCGGGCGAAAAGCCCUUCAAGUGUCACCUGUGUAACUAUGCCUGCCGUCGCAGGGAUGCCCUCACAGGACACCUGAGGACGCACUCAGUUGGGAAACCUCAUAAGUGUGGAUACUGCGGUCGCAGCUACAAGCAGCGCAGCUCUUUGGAGGAACAUAAAGAACGCUGUCAUAACUACCUGCAAACCAUGAAUAUCUCCAGCAGCCUUUAUUCAGUCAUAAAAGACGAAACUAACCAGAGUGAAAUGGCUGAAGACCUGUGCAAGAUAGGGUCAGAAAGAUCCCUCGUGCUGGAUAGACUAGCAAGUAACGUCGCCAAACGUAAGAGCUCUAUGCCUCAGAAAUUUGUUGGUGAGAAAUGCCUGUCCGACCUUCCGUAUGACGCCACCACCAACUAUGAGAAGGAGAAUGAGAUAAUGCAGACACAUGUUAUAGACCAGGCCAUUAAUAACGCCAUUAGUUACCUGGGGGCAGAGUCCUUGCGGCCCCUUGUCCAGACACCACCAGCUGGUUCUGAGAUGGUGCCCGUCAUCAGCCCCAUGUAUCAGCUUCACAAACCUCUCGGGGACAAUCAGGCUCGCUCCAAUCAUGCCGCUCAGGACAGCGCAGUGGAAAACUUGUUGCUGCUUUCCAAAGCCAAAUCUGUCUCCUCCGAGCGAGAUGCCUCUCCCAGCAACAGCUGCCAAGACUCAACAGACACGGAGAGCAAUAACGAGGAACGCAGCGGUUUAAUUUACCUGACAAACCAUAUAGGUCCCCACGCAAGAAAUGGUAUCUCUAUAAAAGAAGAAAACAGGCAAUAUGAUGUCUUGAGGGCAGGUACUGACAAUUCCCAGGAUGCUUUCAAAGUGAUCAGCAGCAAUGGGGAACAAGUGAAAGCUUACAAGUGUGAACACUGUCGAGUUCUGUUCUUGGAUCACGUGAUGUAUACGAUCCAUAUGGGUUGCCAUGGGUUCCGCGAUCCUUUUGAAUGCAACAUGUGUGGCUACCACAGCCAGGACAGGUACGAAUUCUCUUCCCACAUAACUCGAGGGGAACACCGUUUCCACAUGAGUUAAAACUCCUUCCGCGCAGACCUAGCCUCAACAGCUGUGUUACAGGAGCUGCACAAGCCACAGAAGCAACAAAGCACAACUCAGCUAGAUAAUAGAAAUAACAAGAGAAUGAAAAAUUCAGCUAUUUAUCUUCUCCCACAGGAAAAGAUUUUUUCCUUUUGGUAGCAUGCAUUGCAAGUCAGUUUUCUAAAAUGAGUACUCGAGUUUUUACUGGAAAUGAUUGAUCACCAAAACCCUUCAGUCAUGUAAGUAGCUUUUGUAGUCAUGUAGGUGAAAGCCCUUCCCUUAACUGAUGCUUCUUGCAUACCUCCCUUGCCAAAAUUGUUUAUCGUGUGCAGGAUGCGCUGCAUGGACAAGGAUGCAACGGGCAGGAGUGGCCAAGCUCUUAACACCUCUAGUGUAGGGCUCCUACACAAAAUGUAUGGGGUUUUUUUGGCUUCCUGGUAGUAUUUGACUCUUUUGGGAAGAUUAAACUCAGCUAACGAUCUAGGGGGCCAUCUCAGAUGACUUCACAGACAGCUGGGGUGGGACAGGACAUCCCAGCCAAAGGGUUCUGAGUUGCUUUGGCUGCAAGAAGUGAAAUGUUUCCACCUGCAAGGAUGCUGCUGGUAUUGACAUCAUGGCAUGCCUUGUUUGUGUCACUAGGCAGGCGAGCAGGUACGUGAAAGACAGCCCACACUUGUAACAUACCAUGUGAAGCAUGAUUUGCUUUUGAUGUAUAGAAAAAGGGUAUUGUUGGCUCUCUAAAUCAAUGUAUUCUCUCCCUGUCCAGUAGAAUCCCACUUUUCAUUAAUCAGUCCCUUCUCUCUGCAUAAGCAAGUUACGAUGUAUUUAAUUUUUCCUCCUCUCCUCUGUAGGUUUUAGUUGUUUAGCAAAGUGUGAUACGCAGCUGAGCCAAGCACAAGCUAGUUACACCUGCCGGGACAGCCUCUCUCUGCACAUUGUUUCACCUUUUUUAAACUGCCUGGGAAAAUACCCACAAGUCCCUCUCUUACAAGUGGGGCAAAAAAAAAUCUCUGUUUUUGCUUGCACGGUAGAUGUUCUCUUGUAGAUUCUGUGGCACUACUUGUAGAUGUUGCACUUAAUCAUUUUCAAAGCACUGUGCUGAAUUAAGCGGCCUUCUCUUUUCUUACUGGCACUUGUCGUUUCAUGAGGGACCAAGCUCCACAAAGGUGCUGAGAACACUGGAUUCCCAUUCAGCAAACCAUUUCACUGUGUGCUUUGAGUUACUCUCUUUCACUGGUCAAACUAAUCUUCAGGUUAAGAAAACCUCUGCUUUGCCGAAUGGGGGCCAGAGACUGCAGCAUUUGGCAGAAUGCAGUAAAAUCUAGCAAGAGAUUUCUCCCUGGUGGGUUCUGCUGCAGAUACUGUAACUUCAGUUACAAUAAAUAAUGAUCAAUACAUUUUGACUCCAGCUGGUAUUCAGAAAAAGUGCUUAAAAAUAAUCUUCUACUAAUCUUCCUCUUCCAAAUAGUUCAUUCCCCUCCUGAACAGUACUUCAAGACUGCGGGGGGUGGGGGAGAAAAAAAAACAGAACAACGUAUUGCAGAUGUUUAAAAAUCUGUCCUCAGUGCUGAAAUACUUCCUGGGCAGCACUCCUAGCUCCUCUUAUCAACUUAAUGUAUAAAUGCUUCCAUUCUGCUUAAUAAACAGCUAUUUUGAAAUAAACACAAUCAUACAAGCAA